AUUUCUUCCUAUCAUGACAGUUCAAUAAUCAAGAGUUCACAAUUUUGAACCAUAAUAUUAUCAAGAGUUCAUAAUAUUAUGAGUUAAUGUUUUCAUUUACUCAUACGUAGGAAAGGGGGAUAGAUUGUAAUUUUGGAAUGUUCCAAGACUAAUUAAUUAAGAGAUGUGGCACUCUAUAAUUGCUCAAAGAAAUGGCGCGAAAAGAGAAGGCCCAAGCUCACACUUCGGGGUACUUGUACCAAAUAUUCCCAGUUGCCCGCAAAGUAAAAAAUCCCACUGAGGAAGUUGACGACGAUUCGCUCCUCUUCCUCUUACGGCCUCCGACGAUAACGCCAAACAAAGAAAUGCAUUCGACUCUUAAGAAAUAUUUUGGGUACACAGAGUUUCGACCUUAUCAGAAGGAGAUUAUAGAGAAAAUUUUAGAUGGAAAGGACUGUUUGGUGGUAAUGGCCACCGGUAGUGGCAAGUCAUUGUGCUAUCAGGUUCCCCCAUUGAUCUCCGAAAAGACUGCUUUAGUUAUAAGUCCUCUCAUUUCUUUGAUGCAAGAUCAGGUGAUGGCAUUGAAACAAAGGGGGAUUGAAGCUGAUUAUCUUUCAAGUGCUCAGACUGAUCGUGGGGUGCAGACAAAUGCUGAGUUGGGUCACUAUGACGUUCUGUAUAUGACUCCGGAAAAGGCUUGUGCGCUCCCUAACAGUUUCUGGUCAAGAUUGUUGAAAGCUGGGAUGUGUCUCUUGGCUGUUGAUGAAGCACACUGCAUUUCAGAAUGGGGUCACGAUUUCAGGUCAGAUUGCACCACAUUAUCCUUGCAUUUUGACAUUUGAAUUGUUCACGGAUUCUU